CAUUUAUUGCGGGCUGAAAAACUGUUGGGAUAUUGUGGCGACGCAGGUUUGGCUUAAGUGAAAACCCGAGGGAGAGGUGAAGUCUCUGUGAACCCCAAAGUGUGCGUAAUGAAGAAGAUUUUUGGCUUAGGGGCUAAGAAGGGUGAGUCGCCCUUGGGCUCCACUUGUAGCUCCCGGCGGAACGGAAAGGAUGUUGCGAGAGAGAGUAACACACUCGGCAGCUCCCAGAGCGGCUACCACAUCCGGGAGAGAGAUCUUGGGAAGCUUCAUCGGGCCGCCAACGUGGGCAACGUUGCCAAAGUACAACAUAUUCUCUGGUUUGGGAGCAAAGGCCUGGACGAGCGAGAUAGAAAGCGCAGGACGGCUCUCCAUCUGGCCUGUGCCAAUGGCCAUUCAGAAGUAGUCACUGUCCUAGUGGAGAGGAAAUGCCAGCUGAACCUCCGUGACAGUGAAGAAAGGACAGCUCUGAUGAAGGCCGUUCAGUGUCCGGAUGAGAAAAGUGUAACUAUUCUGCUAGAACACGGUGCCGAUCCAAAUCUUAUGGACAACCGUGGCAACACUGCUCUCCACUAUGCUGUCUUUGGGGAGAAUAUAUCAAUAGCAGAGAAGCUUCUUUUACACAAUGCAGACAUUGAAGCCAGGAAUAAGGCAGGCCUCACACCACUUCUCCUUGCAAUAAAUGAGAACAAAGAACAGAUGGUGGAAUUUUUAGCAGAAAAGAAAGCUGAUGUAUAUACAGUUAAUAAUAUUAAAAGUGAUCACCAACCAAUAUCCAGUUAUAAAGAAGAAAAGACACCCAAAAAUUCUUCCCAAAGUAGCCAUCCAGCAGAUGAGAGUUCUGAGGAAGACUCCUUAAGAAGCAGGCUUUCCAAAAAAUCUGAUGUUGAUGAUUCAUGGCCUACAUCAGAUAGUGAAGACUACAAUUUUGGUGCCAAGAAUGUCCCGAAACCAAACCUAAGAGAGCUAAUGCUUGCUUCUCAGCAACACAUGAAAAACACAGAAGCAAAAUGUGGCACUGUGAGACCUGAGGACAAGAAUUCUGAUUCUAAACAUGAAGAUGUGGCAGAAACUCUUUCCAAACCACCAGUCAGAGAUUAUGACUGUUCUCAUCCUGCUUUUCCAUCAUCUCUGUCUCUUGGAAAACCUUCUCUCUCGCCUUCAGCUGUCUUUGGUCUUGCAGGGAAAGGAACAGCAAAGUCAGCAGUUGACGAAAAGUUAAAUGAGAUUAUAAAUGAAAAUGCUCCCCAGGAGCAAGCAGUUAAUCACAAUUUGAAUUCUGCUCAUGGAGCACAGAAAAAUACUAGAAGUGAUAUGAUGUCAACAUUGGGAUUAGGAGAAGAUGGAGAUGUAGACUCACCUUGGAGUUCCGAGAGUAUCUCUGAAAAUGCAAACAAAAAUGUUGUUCAUUUAUCUGGAGCCACAUAUCAGAAAGAGCAAAGUAUAUUAAAUGGACAAGUAGAAGAUGUGUUUUAUAUACCUUCUUGCAUGAAUGGAUCAAGAAACUUUAAGAUGGCUAAACUAGAGGAUACAAGAAAUGUAGGCAUACCAGUAGCCCACCUGGAUCCUCCUGAAAAAUAUCCUGACUUGAAGCCUACCGUUGAAGUGGAAGAUUCUGUUCCUGAUAAAACAGUAGGAAAGGGGGCUAUACAGAUAUCCAGCUCAGAUUUUUCCAUUUGGGCUUCUACAAAUUUGACCCUCGCUAAUGAGAAUUCUCAAACAAUUGAGGAUUUGACGGUUAAUGAUAAAUGUCUGCCUGUAUCACAACCAGUGACUGAAAAUCAGUCAGCGUCUAAAGAAAAGAUUAAUAUCGGAACUCUGCUUCUGUUAGAGAAUUGGAAAGUCCAUGAUCUGUGUGAGUCACAGUUACCAGAAAACAGAGAGAGCAAAGAAGAUUUGUCAACAGACCUACAGUUAGAAAUGACAUCAGAGGAAGAGCAAGAAAGGCCUGAUGGAAGUGAAAAUAACCACCCACAGGUUGAAGAAGAAAAGAAGCAGCACAGAAGUAGUGAAAUGGAAGUAUCAGAAAACGAUGCUGCAGCUUCUGGAUUCACUCAACAGAGAAAGAAUGGAAAAACUGUUAGACAUCAGUUUCCCAUUAUAGAAAAUGAAGAUUCUAAUAGACUUGCAAAGAAGAUUUCUAAUAAAAAGAACAAGGUCAAAAAGCAGAUUAAUUCUAUGGAUGACUUUGAUGACUUCAGUCACUCCUCUAAAACUGAAGCUUCAGAGGAUUGUGAGUUGCCUUACUCUAAUUACGAGUAUUUCAAGUUGCUAAUUGAACAACUUGGCAUGGACUGUAAAGAUUCUGUUGCCUUAUUGAAAAUCCAGAAUGCAGUUCUUUCGUAUGAAAGAUUAAUAAAAGUUAAAAAAAGUCACUGUAAACGACUUAUGGGAAAAAUUAAAAAAAUGGAAAAAAAAGGUAAUGCACUACGAAAGGAGCUAUCAGAAACAAAAGAAAUGAAAUCGCAGUUAGAGUGUCAAAAAGUGAAAUGGGAUCGUGAACUCUGCACACUGAGAUUAACUUUAAAGCAAGAAGAAGAAAAAAGAAGACAUGCAGAGAAGUUAUAUGAAAAAAUUAGGGAGGAGUUACGAAGAACACAAGAGCAGUAUACUCAGGAAGUUGAAAUGAAACUACAACUUGAAGCCACUGUUAGAACACUACACAUGGAAUUGAAGGCUGUAAAAAAUCAUUUGAAUAAGGUUCCUGAUAGUCAUGAAGAAAAACAAGAUCUGUUGCAUACAAACCACAUGUUGCAGGAUGAAAUUGCCAUGCUAAGAAUGGAAAUAGACACCAUAAAAAAUCAGAACCAGGGAAAAGAAAAGAAAUAUUGUGGUGACAUUGAAACAUUAAAAGAAAAGAAUGACAGUCUUCAGAAGACCAUAAAACAGAAUGAGGAAACAUUACCCAAAACAAUAUUCCAAUAUAAUGGGCAGCUUAAUGUUCUGACAGCUGAGAUUCAAAUGCUAAAGUCUCAGUUGGAGAAUGAAAAACAAAAUAAAGAGAGACUGGAAGAAGAACUUGAAUCAUACCAUGCUAGACUGGCUACUGCUAUACCCGAUCAUGAUCAGAGUAAAACAUCAAGAAGGGACCUAGAACUUGAUUUCCAGAGAGCAAGAGAUGAGAAGUUUUGUUUACAGGCCAAGAUGAAUUUUGAUAUGUCUAGUCUAAAAGAUAACAAUGAAAUUCUUUCUCAGCAACUUGCUCAAGUUGAAACUAAAUUCAACAGCCUAGAAAUUGAGUUCCAUCACACAAAAGAGGCUCUCAGAGAAAAGACUUUAGCUUUAGAACGUGUGCAAAGAGACCUAAGUCAAAUAGAGUGUCAGAAGAAGGAAAUUGAACACAUGUAUCAGAACGAGCAAAGUAAAGUGAAUAAAUACAUUGGAAAGCAAGAAUCCUUAGAGGAGAGAUUAUCUCAACUACAAAGUGAAAAUAUGUUGCUUCGACAGCAAUUAGAUGAUGCUUAUAACAAAGCCGAAGAUAAAGAAAAGCGAGUAAUUAUUAUCGAAGACCACUUUCAGGCUAUCAUAAAAAAACUUCAAGGUGAGAGUGAAAAACAAGGUCUUAUGCUGGAAGAAAGAAAUAAAGAGUUAAUUGAUGAAUGUACUCAUUUAAAAGAAAGAAUACAUCAGUAUGAAAAUGAGAAAGCAGAAAGAGAAGUAGCUGUGAGACAACUUCAAGAAGAACUGGCUGAUAGUCUGAAAAAAAAAUCUAUGUCAGAGGCUUCACUGGAAGUUAUAUCAUGUUAUCGUCUUAGUUUAGAAGAUGAGAGACAGGAUCUAAAGAAGAAAUUAGGUCAAUUUGAAAGUCAGUUGCAAGAAGCACAGGAUCAACAUACAGACGCCCUUAGACAGGCUGAGAAGAUGGAAGAUCAUUUGCAAAAGCUUCAAGUUGAAAAUGCCAAGUCAAAAGUUACAAUCACAAAGCAAGCAGACACAAUUGAACAGCUUCAGAAAAACUUGUCAAGUACCUGCUUGUCUGAAGAUGAAAGGGAACAACUAGAGAAAUUUAUCGAGUUAAAACAAUCUCUGGAAUAUCGUUUGGAUCAAGAAAUGAAGAAAAAUGGUGAAUUAGAAAAAGAGAUCACUGGAUUUAAGAAACUCUUUGAAAUGACAAGAAGAAAGUUAAAUGAAUCUGAAAGUGGAGAGCUUUGUUCCCAUGGUGAUUUAACCAAACAAAUUGAAAUGAAUAUUCAGAUUAAUAUGUUAAAACAUAAGGUUGAUGACCUUACAACAAAACUGGAAGCUGCAUCUUCACAAUAUCUAUGCCUGGAUGCAAAAAAUCAAGCUCUUCAACAGGAGUUAUUAUCUAUGAAAGCGUUAGAAAAGAAAUGUGAAAAACUAGAGCGCAAUAAAAAUAAGUUAGAACAAGAAGUAGUAAACCUCAACAGUCUUAUAGAAAUGUAUAGGGUACAAAACAGUCAAGUAGAACAGUAUAAACGGGAGAUUGAAGAAAGAGCACGACUGGAUGUAGUAGAAAAAUUACAGGAAGUCAAUCUGUUCUUACAGAUUCAAGCAGCAUCUCAAGGAAAGUUAAGAGAAAAUGAGACAGUGAGAAGUCAAAUGGAACUCAGAAUUAAAGAUCUGGAAUCUGAACUCUUUAAGAAGACUUAUCAAGAAACUUCUAACUUAACAGAAUUGGAAAAAUACCAGCAACUCUACCUAGAAGAAGUAAAAGCUAGAGAGUCUUUGGCAAAUAAGCUUAAUAAGUCUAAUGAGAAGCUGGAAGAGAUCAAUUUCCAACUUCUGAUGGAGAAACAGCAGCAUAGAACUUUACUCACCCCUCUUAAUGUGAGGCCAGCCCUGGAACCACGGAAUGUUGGAAAUCUUAAAAAUAGUUCAGGGCUCCAUAGAAAUCUUACUCCAAGCGAAAACUUAGUGAUUCCUACAUCAAACCGACGGCCUUCAAUUGACACUUACUUGACCAAGAUGCAGCAGGAGUUGGAUAAAGUUAUAACUAGAGAAUUCGAAAAAGCUGCUGUUGAAUUUGAAGCAGAAUCCCCUCGAACGUUUCCUUUAGGAUCUGCUGACAGUACAGGUCGAACUGAGGAUCUAAUUGCCAAAACCUCACAAGAAUAUGUAGAGAUUUUAAAGAAGAAGUAUAUGAUCUGAAAAAUAAAUAGUAAAAAUUUA